UUUUUCAGAGAGAAAGUGAGGGAGGCAUUAAGCCAGUAUGUCACACAAACCCUCACCCACAUUGAGACAGUGACUGAAUUUCUGGAUAAGAUCUCCAAAUGGAUGCUCCAGAGGGAGACAGAACUCAACAUGAUGACAGAAAUCAGUAACAUGGCUACUGGCGCCGUUUCCCAAUCAGACAGAAAAUGGGCGGCUUUUGUGGCGUAUAUGAAGCGCAGUUUUAACCAAAUUAAUGCAAACAAAAGGCGUGCUGAGCUGUUGGAGGAGCUUGCUGUGGUGGUGAAGCACGUUCUAGAAGGGCUGGUGGAGCUCGACUGCUUCCUGGAUGCAGUGGAGAGGCUGGCGGUCACCUCGCAGCACGUCUUCAUGGAGGACAACCAGGUGUUGGAUCUGCCAGAAGGGAUCAGCUGUGAAGACAUUUGUGACAUCAUUACUGCUGCAGGACUCGUGUGUCCACUCCUUCUCCAGUUUCAAAGAGACGCAAAUGUCUUCUUCCAUCCCAACCUUCACAAUGUGGUCGUGCUCAUGUAUCAGCUGAACAAGUACAUACAGACCACCCAGAAAAUCUGCACAAGAAUGGAGAAAAGCUGUACCUGCAACUUUUCCAGGAGGAUGUCAACAAAAACGUUGGUCAGUCUCACUGUGGAUUUAUCAGAAGAUGAACUACAAUGGAUGCUUUCUCGCAUUGAUCUUCUUACGAACAUCAGGUUGGAUCAGCACUUUCGACUUGCCUUCAUGCUCCAGGUUGAAGAGUCUCAGUGGUCCUUCAUCAGCGAGUUCAGCCAGCGAGAACCCAGAAUGCUCCAGUUUCUACAGGACCUGGAGGAGAGCGCUGUUCAACUUGACAAGAUGAAGAAGGGUGCAAAGAUCUCCAGUGUUGCAGGCAGCUCAGUUGGUGCAGUUGGUGGCGUGCUUUCUGUUGUUGGUUUGGCAUUGAUUCCUUUCACAGCAGGAGCAUCGUUGGCUUUGACAAUGACUGGGGUUGGGUUGAGUGUUACUAGUGCUGCUAACAGCGCUGUAACCACAGCCACAGAGAUCGGAGUCAAUCGUAAGCAAACAAAAAAAUCUCAUGGAGUCUUUGAGAGUUUCAUGGAGGAUGUACAGGCUCUCCAGAGGUGCCUGGAGGAGGUGUACACUGAAGCUGAAAAAAGAAUGGAAGAAAGUCCGACGGGACCAGUGACUGUGGGAGUAGCAAAGGUAGUGGCUAAUGUUAAUAAAAUAAGAAGAGGCAUUGAUUUACUUGUUGAUGCUGCCUUUGCAGCUAAAGUCCUCAAAAAUAAAAAGGCAAUUGAAAAUGCAGCAAAGGUGGCAGCAAUCAAAGGUAAAACAGUUAGUAAUGUGGCCACAGAUAUCCCAGAGAUCGGACAGGCGGCACUCAAAGGGCCCCUUGCCCUCUCCAAGACAGCCAGAGUUCGUUGUAUUGCACUUAAUGCUCUCUUCCUUGGCAUGGACGUCUUCUUUAUUUGCAAAGACAGCAUCAGCUUGGCCAAAGGCAUUGAGAGCGAAGUGUCCCAGUUCAUCCGAGCCAGAUCUGCACUUUGGCGUUCCGACAUGGACUCAUGGAAAAAGAUCCAUGCUUCCCUGUGCCAGUGUCUGCUGACAUCAGAGAAGAACAAAGCUAUACUGCAGAUGCCAUUUUAUCCCAAAUGGAAGAAAAAGAAUCCCAGAGAAACAAAAGUAAAAUUUCCAAACAAUAACGUGGAUGAAACUAAUGAAGAAAAUGAGUUGUGUUUUGUUCAGUAGCCGUUAAUGCCCAGUUUUGUGUUUGAGGUAAUCCUCAUCCUGUCAGUUCAGGUCCUCUUUAUUAAUGUAGUCCAGCAUCAUAAAAUGUCUCAGUGGCCUUCACUCUGUCCACAACAUAUGAUGUCCCUAUGGGGUUCCUCAAAAAUCCAAACUGAAUGAGAUCUCCAAGAUCUCAAGCUUGGGACUUAUUCAGCUUGGGACUCCAGCAACGACAGUCGCAUUCCUCCCCUCUCUAUCUUCACACUUUUCUAUUCUUCACAUUAAAAUUUGGAUUAACCAUGGAAUUGAUCAGCUGGUCUCUCAAUGCUAUUCACACCAUUUUUUUUGACAAGGAAUCAGGGCUGGGGGACUCUGCUUGCCCUGAUGGAAUCUACCCAGCGGGCUAUGCUCUCGACGCCUGAGAGAGACGGGUGUGACAUGCUUGGCUCCACUCUCUGUGGAAGAUGUUGAGGAUUCAUUCCUAUUCGCUUAUAUGGUGGGAGGUCUGGCACUGAUUGGUUUGUCCAUUGCCCUGACCCACAGGAAUAUUAGCAAGACGGCUGUUUCCAGAAUUUCGUCCCAUCAUCUGUCUGUCAUGAUUAAUGAGUUGGGCAAUGCUAUGUAAUUUCAGACUAUGUAAACUCUUGAACUCAAACUCAAAAUGGAUACAAUCUAGGAGCAAAUCGCUGCAUUGCAAAGGAAUGUGUUGCUGAGGACCAGGGAAUAUUCUUCAUAAAUUUGGACUCUAGACGGCCAGAGGUGCAGUAAAUGGAAUUCUGUAUCUCU